GUCUAGACAUGGAGGGUUGCUAGGUGAGUAAACAUCAGAUCUACAUAAGCACAUCUCUCGGUGACCGUCAGAGGUGCGAAGGUACAACACCAGCAAGUCCAAUCACCGUAUUCUUUCCUCUUCGAGACCUUGGGCUUAGCCCACUGGCUUCAAGUACACUCAUUCUACAUUUCGUCUCCUGCCUUCCGCCUCUCAGACCUAGUCACGAUGGUCAAGACUAAGGUACCACACGAUGCCAACCCAGGUUUCGAACUCAUUGCGCCAACAAUAUGGGACCGCAUCCCCUCGACACCUUCAACGCCUACAGAGGAUAUAUCAGCCCCAUCUCUUAUCCUACUCAUGACGUGGACCGGCGCUCACGGCCGCCACAUCUCCAAAUACACUACUGAAUACACAAACAUGUUUCCUUCCUCACACAUCAUGGUCAUCACCACAUCCUCAGCAGACUUCAUUUUCCGAAGUUCUAAGCGAAAACAACAUCGCCUUCAACCCGCCGUCAAGUAUAUCUCCAACCUUCAGCACAUUCCAUGCUGCAACACUGGAGGCAUACUGAUGCAUGUCUUCUCAGAAGGUGGAAGCAACAAAGCUUGCGAGCUUGCGACUGUGUAUCAGCGCACCACUGGCACACAUCUUCCCAUAUCAGCUCUGUACCUCGACAGCACGCCUGGCCACCCACGGUAUCUGCGUCUCUGCUCUGCACUUGCAAAGUCGUUCCCUCCUAUUCCAGUGCUUAAGCAACUCGGCACCGUCAUUGCGAGCAUCAUACUAGGCAUCAUAUGGGUGCUAUACCACGUCUUUGUUGGCUAUGAGAACAACCCAAUCACAAAGUCGAGGGGACAACUGCUUGACCCACAGCUAUUCGACCUACAGGUACCUCGGUGCUACCUGUACUCCAAGAAAGACGCGCUCAUCGCCUGGCAAGAUAUCUACGGGCACGCAGGCGAGUCGAUGGAGCACAGUGGCUCCGUCACAGAAAUCAUUUUCGAGAACUCCGGCCACGUCGACCACGCACGCAAGGAACCAAGCCGAUACUGGGACGCCAUCACAACAGUCUGGCGACAGAGCCAGGAAAAAGACAAUGAUGAGAAGGGAACAAGGGCUACAUGCACGCUCAGGGACUCAGAGUUACCUGAGUUUGAUUUCGAAGACGGGGUCACGGACAUCGCGAUCCGCAUGCCGUCAAAAGCUUUUAUCAAGAAUAGCAGGUGGAGCAGCGACACGGAUAGUGAGUUAACGCUGCUGCUGAGUCUGCCGCCAACGCCAAGUGCGGAGAAGAUGAUGGAGAUGGAGCAGCGAUUAUACCGCGAUAGUUUUAUUUGAGG